CUUCUCUCUUCCUCCUCCCAUUUCAGUAGAAGCGAUAAAAAAAAAUGCCGGAACCAAUUGCCAUUGUUGGUACCGGUUGCCGGUUCCCUGGGGCCGCAUCUUCGCCGACUCGACUCUGGUCUCUCCUCUCCAACCCGCAAGAUGUCGCAUCGAAGAUUCCGAAAGGCAGAUUCAAUGUCGAUGCGUACUACCACCCCGACGGCCCCCAUGGCGGCACCUCCAACGUUCAAGAAUCCUACUUCCUCCAAGAAGACGUUCGCGCCUUUGAUGCGCCCUUUUUCAACAUCUCAGCAGCCGAAGCGGAAAGCAUGGAUCCGCAACAGCGACUCGUCCUCGAAACCGUCUAUGAAUCGCUCGAAGCGGGCGGUCUCCGUCUCUCAGACCUGCGGGGGUCCUCGACAGGCGUAUACUGCGGGCAGAUGUGCGACGAUUACAGCCAAGUUUUGGCCCGGGAUACCGAGAAUCUACCACGAUACACAUCCACUGGAAUGGCGCGAAACAAUGCCUCCAAUCGGGUGUCGUACUUUUUCGACUGGCACGGUCCGUCCAUGACGAUCGAUACCGCUUGCUCUUCGUCCCUUGUCGCCGUUCAUCUGGCUGUGAAUGCCUUGAGGGCUGGGGACUGUAACGUCGCCGUCGCUGCCGGCACAAACCUCAUUCUUUCUCCGAUUUUCUAUAUCUCCGCCUCCAACCUUACCAUGCUCUCCCCGACUGGACGAUCCCGCAUGUGGGAUGAAAAAGCAGAUGGCUAUGCCCGCGGUGAGGGUGUAGCAUCGCUUGCUUUGAAGCGUCUGAGCGACGCCAUUCGCGAUGGUGACCCAAUUGAAUGCGUGAUUCGUGAAUCGAAUGUGAACCAAGACGGCCGCAGUAUGGGUAUCACGAUGCCGUCGAGUGAAGCGCAGGCGCAGUUGAUUCGGUCCACGUACGCGAAGGCCGGUCUCCAGCUCGAACUACCACGAGAUCGAUGCCAGUACUUCGAGGCGCACGGCACGGGUACGCAAGCAGGCGAUCCGCAAGAGGCGGGUGCUAUCGCAAACUGUUUCUCCGCGGACCGUUCCGACUCGGGAUACUCUAGCUCCAAUUCAUCACAAACAUCUGAGGACCAGAAGCUAUAUGUUGGGUCUAUUAAAACAAUCCUUGGUCAUACCGAGGGAACGGCGGGUCUGGCCGGUGUUAUCAAGGCGUCGCUCUGCAUGCAAAAUGACACCCUCGUUCCUAACCUCCACUUCAACAACCUCAACCCCAAGGUUGAACCAUUCUACUCCAAUCUCGAAAUUCCCACAAAGGCUCUUCCCUGGCCCGAACGACCAGAAGGUGUCCCGAAGCGCGCAUCAGUGAACUCCUUUGGUUUUGGAGGUACAAACGCCCACGUUAUUCUCGAAGGCUAUGAGCCAGAACAACCACCAGCGACGAAUGAGACAUUGCCUUCUAUCCUCCCAUUUGCCUUUUCCGCCAUCUCUGAGCGGACCCUUGGUGCCACGCUAAGUGCGUACGCGGAAUACCUCGAAUCUCACCCUGAAAUCGACCUCGUCGAUGUGGCGUGGUCGCUUCUGGCUCGACGAGAGCAAUUAACCCACCGUGUGACUCUCUGGGCCUCGUCGGCAGACGCGCUAAAAUCCGAGAUUGCAGCAGAACUCCAGCGCAGACAGGCGAAGAACCCUUCAACCAAGGUCGUCCGGUCAUCAUCCUCGAGCCCCAAGAGCAUUCUGGGUGUUUUCACCGGUCAGGGUGCGCAGUGGCCGCAGAUGGGUCUGGAUCUCAUCACCGUCUGUCCCGCAGCCAAGAACUGGCUUGCAGAUUUGCAGAAGGCUCUCGAUACCUUACCCGAAGAGUGCCGGCCGGAGACCACAUUGUUCGACGAGCUCUCAGCGGCCAAGGAGACGUCUCGUCUAGAUCAGGCUGUUGUCUCGCAGCCGCUCUGCACGGCCGUCCAGAUCCUGCUGGUAAACUACCUCCGUAUACUGGGAAUCAGUCUCUCCGUCGUCGUCGGUCACUCCUCGGGCGAAAUCGCAGCAGCAUACGCCGCGGGAGUCUUCUCCGCCACCAGUGCCAUCCGUAUCGCCCACCUUCGAGGCCACGUCGCGCGACUCGCGGGUGCCAACGAUCAGUCUGGCUCCAUGCUUGCUGCCGGAUUAGCCCCAGAGGAAGCCAGGGAGCUAUGCGAGCAAGAACAAUUCCAAGGACGCAUCAAGGUCGCCGCCUUUAACUCACCCAGCAGCAUCACACUCUCUGGUGAUGAGGAUGCCGUGAAAGAAGUCGACGCCCUCCUCAAGGAGCAAGGGAAAUUCGCCCGUGUCCUGAGAGUCAGCACCGCAUACCACUCCCACCAUAUGGUCGCCUGCUCCGAGCCUUACAUCAAGGCGCUCGCGGAAGCAAGCCUUCAGACCUCCGCCCCGACGGCAGCAGUGUGGUUCUCCAGCGUCCACGACGGUCAGAAAAUUGGACCCGAGCACUUGGGCGCCCUGGCUGGCGAGUACUGGAACAGCAACAUGCUCAACUCGGUCAUGUUCACGCAGGCGUGCACAGCGGCCAUGAACCACACAUCGUACGACAUGAUGGUUGAAAUCGGCCCGCACCCCGCGCUCAAGGGACCAUUCAUGCAGACCAUGGGCGACAUACCAAACGCCAACACCGAAGCUCCCUACAUCGGUCUUCUCAAGCGUGGCGGCACCGGCGUUGAAUCGCUCGCGACGGCUAUCGGCUCCUUCUGGACCAAUCUGGGCGCUGAUGCAAUCGAUGCCUCUCAAUACGUGAAGCUCUUCGACCCAUCGCGGGAGCUGACUUUUGUGCGCAAUCUCCCGACAUACCAAUUCGACCACUCGCAGACCUACUGGGCCGAAUCGAGACUGUCCAAGAAAAUCGCUCACCGGGAGCAUGCCCCGAAUCAACUGCUGGGUAUCAGGAGCCCCGAGAGACUCGAUGGGGAGUGGCGCUGGAGGAACUAUUUGCGCCGCGCGGACAUCGACUGGCUCGAUGGCCACCAAAUCCAGUCGCAGGUUAUCUUCCCUGCCACUGGAUAUGUCGCAAUGGCGUUGGAAGCGGCUAGUGCGAUUGCUGGCGAGCAGAAGCUGCAGCUUGUCGAGGUUGGCGAUUUCGCGAUCGAGACUGCGAUUUCGUUGAGCGAUGAUGCGGCUGCCGUCGAGACGAUUUUCAAGGUUGAGAAUCUGCGGACAGAGGGCGCUGUUACUUCUGCUGAUUUCAGCUGCCACGCUGCUUUUGCUGGAACCAUGAAGCUUUGCGCCGGAGGUACGAUCAAGAUGGCUAUCGGGGGAGAGGCCGUUGACGCACUUCCUCCCCGAUCCCACUCGCAGCCAGCACUGCCGUCCCCCGUCGACAUCGAGGAGUUUUACAAAUACCUUGGCGAGUUAGGCUACGGCUACACAGGUCUUUUCCACAGCAUCAACGCAUUGACAAGACAAAUGAACGCCUCCAGCGGUACCAUGCUGAAUGCCGGCUCGAUGGACUCGCAGAAUCGCUACAUCCUCCACCCAGCCCUCAUGGACACCAUCCUCCAAACCAUCCUCGCGGCUAUUGGUACCCCAGGCGAUGGAAGACUGGCCACCCUGCAGAUCCCCACCAAGAUCAACCGGAUCACUAUCAACACAGGUCGCUUUGACGGUAAAUCUCCCGACGUCCUUGGUGCUGAGCUUCCGUUUGACGCUGUUAUUACGGGAUACGGACCCAAUGGUGUUCAGGGUGAUGCAGAUUUGUUCACGGCAGACCGAACGGCCGUGGUGCACAUGGAGGGUGUUCAGAUUUCGCCGCUGGAGACUCUGACGCCUGAGCAGGACCGUUUGAUGUUCUCUGAGACGGUUUGGGGCCCGAUGCACCCUGAUGCUGAGGCCGUCUAUGUGCCGGCCACGCGUGAGCAGCUCGAUACGGGACGGUUGAAGGAGAAACUCGUUUUGCUGUAUAUUCGGGACAUACUGGCAGGUCUUCCUGCUGAUGUGCGCGAUAAGCUCGACUCGCACCAGAGCAGGGUCGUGGCCUGGUUUGACAAUGUUCUUUCAGCAACCCGCUCCGGAGAACACCCCAUCUGCCAAAAGGAAUGGCUCGACGAGGACCGAGACGCUGUUGCCACCCAAUUGGCCGGUGAGACGGGCGUCGACAUGCUCGCAAUCCAGACCGUCUCAGAAACCAUGUCCUCCUUCCUCCGUGGCGAAACCUCCAUCAUGGAAACCCUCCGCGAAAAGAGCCUCCUGGAUCGGCUAAAGCGCGAACUCGCAGACCCCGCUAUCAUCACGCACAUGGCAGAUGUCGCCGGACAAAUCGCCUUCCGCUACCCUCGCAUGAAGAUCAUGGAAGUCGGCGCCAGUGGCGGACCUGCCACGCAGGCUAUCCUGGACCGCAUUGGGAUGUCAUACCACUCCUACAUGUAUACCGAUGUAUCUCCCGUUGUCCUCGAGGAAGCGGAGAAGACGUUCAGCGAGCAUGCAGAGCGCUUCACGUACAAGUUGUUCGAGCCGGAGAGGGGAGCCAAGGAGCAGGGAUUCCAGGAGGGUUCGUACGAUCUGGUUGUUGCUGCGGGUUCUAUCCAUCCUACUGCGUGUCUGAAGGAUACUCUCACCCGGAUGCGCAGCUUGUUGAAACCCGGUGGCUAUCUGCUGUGUCUGGAAGGAACCAACACCGAUGAACUGCUUGCGUCGUUUAUCUUCAGCGGGUUUGAGAAAUGGUGGCAAGGCGAGGCCGAUGGCCGACCAUGGGGUCUCAUGGCCAAGGCUGCGGAGUGGGAUAACCUCCUCAAGGAUGCUGGCUUCGCCGGUCUGGACACGGUUACACCGCACGACGAUUCGCUGUUGAGACCGUUCUCCGUGUUUGUGGCCCAAGCCGUGGAUGACCGAAUCCAGCUGCUUCGGGAGCCUUUGACGUCUGGGGUCCAGGCACCGCAACACAACGAUUUGGUCAUCAUUGGAGGCGAGAAGCCGGAAACCUCGUCGUUGGUGGCUGAGGUGGAGGACUUGGUGGCACCGUCCUUCUCCCGUGUCAUCAAGGCCCAAACCCUGGAGUCACUCGAUCUGCCCGAAUCGUCGAUGGCCACCAUCUUGAACGUCUCCGAUCUGGACUCGCCAUGCUUCGAUGAGCUGAACGAGCAGCGAUUCAACACCCUCAAGACCCUCAUGGGCGCUAGCUACCGAUUCCUGUGGAUCACCGCCGGUCCUGAGUCUGAGAACCCCUACCAGAGCAUGAGCAAGGGAUUGCUCGCCUGUGCUGGUUACGAGAAUCCGCUGGCAUACUUCCAGCACUACAACAUUGUCGACGAGGAUGCCGUGCAGGCGAAAACUGUCGCCACUGCAUUGAUGCGUAUGGCUCACAAUGAUUCCGACAAUGACUACAGCCUGGCAAACGGUGUCUGGAACAUCGAAACGGAGAUUCGAUUGGAGAACGGCAAGCCAUGGAUUUCCCGCCUCCAGAACGACAGCGCCAUGAACAACCGGUACAUGUCUGAGCGACGGGUUAUUCACAAUUCCGUGGAUGUGCAAAAUGCGGUUGUCCGUGUUCAAAAGGACCAGAACAACUAUGAGUUCCUUCUUGAGCAACAGAGUCCCAAGGAUGGCGCGUUCAAGGUCCAGAUUCGAGUCGACUAUUCCACGUCAACUGCCGUCAGAGUGGAUGCAAUUGGUUUCUUGCAUCUCAUUAUCGGACGCGAUGAGAGGACACAGGGUCGUCUGCUCGCCUUGUCUGAGACCAAUGCGUCCGUCGUCUCCGUGACGCCGUCUUGGUGCUGCCCUAUUCCCACUGCCGCUAAAGGCCGAGAGGCCAGUUACCUUACCUCAAUGGCCGCUGCCAUCACCGCUGAGCAUCUGCUUGCACAGGCAACACCCAACACGAGUAUCCUGGUCCACGAAGCGGACGAAGUUCUCCGAAAUGUCGUCUCGACCCACGCCAAAUCCAAGCGUGUCAAGACGUGCUUCACCACAAGCAAGCCCGAGGGCCGGUCACACGAGACGGUCUACCUUCAUGAAAUGAUGCCGACUCCCUCGUUGAUGCGCGUGUUGCCUCGGAACGUGUCGGUUGCCGCUUCCGUUGGGGCCAGCUCGGAUCGAAACUUUGCCAGAAUCGAGCAGAUGUCGCUUACCAGCCUGCGUUGUGAGCGUCCUGAGACGCUUCGUCAAGACACCGCUGUCGUGAGCAAGCCUUGUGAUGUCGCAAAGGGCGCGACACUGCUACAGAUUGCAUCGCAAUUGGUAGAGAGCUGCAUGGGGACGAAGAUGGACAGCGUCGAUGUGGCGCACCUGGCUGAAGGUGGCGUAUCCGAGGAUGGUCUGCGGAUUAUUGACUGGACUAAGUCUCGUGCCGUUCCAGUGAAGAUGCAACCGGCCAGUUCCUUGGUUGUUUUGUCGGCCCACAAGACGUACUUGUUAGUCGGAAUGACGGGUGACCUUGGACAGUCUGUGUGUCACUGGAUGCUUGACAGGGGAGCUCGCAACUUUGUCCUUACCAGCCGGAACCCCAAGGUUGAUCAGCAUUGGAUUGAGGAAAUGGCGGAGUUUGGUGCCAAUAUUGUCCCGAUGUCCAUGGACGUUACCAGUCAGGAAUCCAUCCUGAAUGUCGACCAGGCUAUCCGCAAGGAUCUUCCCCCGGUUGGCGGUGUGGUCAACGGAGCUAUGCUUCUCAACGACAGUCUACUGAUGAAUAUGUCAUUCGAGGAGAUGCAACGCACAUUGAUGCCCAAGGUCAAGGGUAGCGUCCUGCUCAACGACCUCUAUUCCGGCUCUGGCCUGGACUUCUUCAUUCUGAUGGGAUCGAUCGCCGGACCGCUGGGUAACCGAGGCCAAUCUGCCUAUGCCGCCGGCAAUGUGUUCAUGACGAGCAUUAUCGAAUCGCGCCGCAAGCGCGGUCUCCCUGGUAGUAUCAUCAACCCCGGCCAGAUUCUCGGUGUCGGGUACGUCUCCAAGGCCGGAUCCUGGCUCACCAAGGCCCUGGUCAACUCCAUCGGUUCCUACUCCAUGUCCGAGCAAGACCUCCACGAGCUCUUCGCCGAAGGUAUCCUUGCUGGCCGUCCGGAAUCCAACCGCAACCCCGAUAUCAUCGCGUCCUUCAAGCUGGAGUCCCCCGUCCAACGUCCCGAUGUCAUCUGGUACCGCAACACCAAGACCUGGGACUUUAUCGUGCACUGGGCGGAGCGGAACUCGUCCUCUGGCGGGAACACUAAGACGGUGCCAGUCAAGGUGCAACUGCAAUCCGCUCAGAAUGAAGGCGAGGCUGCUGAGAUUGUCGAAGCCGCGUUCAUUGCGAAACUCCGCAGCAAGCUCGGGUUGCCGGAAGAGGAUGAAGUCUCGGGCGAAACGGCUCUGAUUCAGUUGGGAGUUGACUCGUUGGUCGCGCUGGACUUGCGAGGAUGGUUUGUGAAGGAACUCUCGGUGGAUGUGCCAAUUCUGAAGAUUCUGGGAGGGUCGUCGAUUGGUGAGCUUGCGGCUGAAGCUGCGUCCAAGUUGUCUGCGACUUUGGGAGAGAAGAAGGAUUAGCUGUAAUUAAUUGAAAAUUAUACCCUGAGUAAACAAAGAAUCAAGAGUUAUGUAUCUUGCC